CCGGAGCAUCACAUGAGUAUUAGUUAUUGCAAUAAGGGUUUUUUCGUUUUUUUUUUGAAAAAGAUAAAUAAUUCAGAAACGGAUGAUACUAGGGUGAAAAGCCCAGUAAUGUUCAGUACCCUUGUUUAAACGCUGUUGAAUCGCAGACGAUGAGCCUUGAAAUCUCGGGUUAAAUGUUAGCGUUAAUACUGAGCGGUGGAGUUCUGCGUGUUGCGUUAAAUAACUGCGUGCUGUUGCGGCAAGUGACGGACAUUCGGACCCGGUCAUUUCAUGAGAUCCCAUGAGCAGGAGCCACAGGGUGCACUGGAAGUAUGCUGGUGACCAACACUCAUUCUCAGGAAAUCUGAAUAUACCAGGAGAUUGAAGUCAUCUAAGAUCAACUGAAGCAACAAAUGGAUGGUGUGGAGAUACAUCCCAGUCAGCCAUAUUCAUCAGAGCUGCACCGUCAACAAUAUGGGAAUCAGCCACCAAAUGAACUCAGCUGGUCAAUUCACGCACCUUCGAGCUUCGACGUCAAUUCUACUUGUCUUGAUCACAACUGGGCAAUGACUACCUCUGCUCUUUGCUAUCCCAGCACCCUUCCAAACUCCCUCUGCCUAUCAAACAACGCAACACCCACUUUGUAUUCAAGACCACCUACGAUUACUCACCAAGGACUGGAUCUAAACUACGGUUUUCAGCCAAUUCAUCAGAGCUACCAAUCGCAGCAAGACAGUUCUCAGCCACCAACUCAAAAACUGUACAGCCCUUUCCAUCCUGGAGCAGGACAGGAAGAUGUUCAUUCACACCCUGCAGCUGUAGUUGUACCAGGUUGUAAACCUGAAUCACCUGAGGAGCCAGGAAAUGAGAUGAAUCUGGAUCUAAUCCCCAAUCCAGUUCAGGUGGCAGAGAAUGAUAAAGAGUUAUGGGAAUCUCAAGUAUUUUACACUGACACAAGAGGGCAAGUACCUCCACUGAGCACAACACACUUCCGAGUGGAGGACCAAGGUUUUGCGAGCCCCAGGUUUGUCCGAUGUACGACGUAUACCUUCCCCUGUACUCCAGAGAUGGCCAAGCUCUCCCACUUUCCUCUCGCUGCUGUUGUUAAACCGCUGGCUGUGCUGCCAGAAGGGGAGGGUCCUGUGCGUUUGGUGGACUGCGGUGAAACUCUUCCUGUCCAGUGUGAGAAAUGUGCGGCCUACAUGUGCCCGAUGAUGCAAUUCCUGGACAACGGACAUAGUUUCCUGUGUCCAUUCUGUGACAGAAUUUCAUGGGUACCGGACCACUACUUUCACCCCGUUGACUACAGCGGGAAGCGGGCUGAUCGGCUUAGUAGGCCGGAGUUAUCUCUGGGCUCCUAUGAGUUCCUGUUACCAGAACAGCAAAGCAAGAACGAUCGAGGCUCAAGUUUAGUGGGAUUCAUUUUCAUGAUCGAUGUAUCAUACAAGGCGGUGAGGAGUGGCUUGCUUGCUUUAAUCUGUGGUGAGCUGAAGAAGGUGGUACAACGUUUACCAAGGGACCCUGGGGCUGAGGAGUCAGCUGUGAGAGUGGGAUUCCUAACGUACCAUAAGUUUCUACAUUUCUACAACCUGAAAAGCUCGCUGACUCAGCCGCAGAUGAUAGUAAUAACGGACAUCUCCGAUGUGACGACGCCAAUGUUCGACGGGUUCCUGGUCAACGUGAGGGAAUCCGCUGCACUUAUCAACAAACUGUUGGAUAGGAUCCCAUUGCUGUUCGUGGACAGUGCUGAGGAGGAGGUUCUCUUUGGCCCAGUCAUCCAGGCAGGCCUGGAGGCUCUGAAGGCUGCUCAUUGCUUCGGCAAACUCUUCAUCUUCCACACAUCGCUGCCCACCGUGGCCAUCCCAGGUCCUGUGAGAAACCGCAACCCCAACAAGGAACAGUCCUCAUUCCAGCCUCGAAGCAGCUACUACCUGACGCUGGCCAAGCGGUGUGUGCAGCAGGGCUGCAGCACGGACCUCUUCAUCUUCUCCGACCAGUGCGUAGACUUGGCCUCCCUGGCUCUGGUGACCUUCAAGACUGGGGGAAACCUCUACAGCUACAGCAACUUUAAGGUUGAGAGAGAUGCAGAGCAGUUCCAGGGGGACCUUCAAAGGAACGUGGAGAAGCUUCUGGGAUUCAAUGCUGUGCUGAACGUCCACACAAGGAAAGGUAUCAGAGCGACCAACUACUAUGGCUCGUUGCUCAUGAACUCAGCUGAGGUGGAACUGGCUGCAAUUGACAGUGACAAAGCCCUGCUGGUGGAGUUCAAACAUGAUGGGAAGCUGCAGGAAAAGGAUGGUGUGCUCAUACAGUUUGUUCUCCUCUACACAACGCUUGGUGGGCAGCGCAGACUCAGAAUUCAUAAUGUUGCUCUCAACUGCUCCAGCCAGCUGGUUGAUACCUUCAGGACGUCCCAGGCUGAAACCCUGUUGAACUACUUCGCCAAGACCGCUUACCACAGUAUGCUUGGUCGUUCCACGAAAAUGGUGCGGGACGAGCUGGUGAGCCGCGUCACUCGGAUGUUGGCCUGUUACCGAAGGCACUGUGCCCAAACUUCGGCCCACGGAGGCCAGAUGGUGAUGCCGCAAUUCCUAAAAGUCCUGCCUUUGUAUUUGAAUUGUCUGCGGAAGAGUAAAGUUCUCCUGGCAGGGCCAGAUUCCUCCAUCGAUGAGAGGGUCUACCUCAGGCACAUGGUUAUGUCUAUGGAUAUCGCAGAAACUAAUGCCUUCUUCUACCCUCGUCUUUUGCCAGUACACGAGCUGGAUGGGGGCCAGGCAUCCUUGCCACGGGCUGUGCGAUGCUCCAACAAGUGGCUGUCAGCCAAGGGCGUUUAUCUGCUGGAGGACGGACUGAGCCUGCUCCUGUGGAUCGGGAUGUACGCGCCCACUGAGUGGAUCCAGAAUGUCUUCGGGGUGCCCUCCUUCAACGCAGUGGACUGUGGUGUGGGCUCCCUCCCUGUGCUGGAUAACACAGUCUCCCGACAGACCCGCGACGUCAUCGACAGGAUUCGCAAGGAGAGGCUGAGAUUCUUGAAGUUACUCAUCGUGAAACAGUCGGAUAUUUCAGAGAGCCAGUUCCAGCAGUUCCUGGUUGAAGACAAGAAUCCCGGCGGGGGGGCUGCCUACGCUGACUUCCUUUGUCACAUUCACGUCUCGAUCCAGCGUUCCCUGCAGUAGCGUCUUCCUUUG